AUGAAGCGUUCUUCAUGCUUCUUAAGUAAAAUUAAACAGUUCAAAAGCCCCCCAGCUCUGUCUCCUACUGCCGCACCGGAACCGUCGGCCGGCGAACCCCUGAUCCUCUACGAGCCUCGGAAAGACGGUGAACACAGGGUAGAAGUCGACCCCAUGCUGACAAGCAUACUCUUGUUGCUUGGAGCACUGGGGGCUAUCUUUUAUGGGCAAGAUGCACUUCUGGAGGUUUCAGGUGGCUUCGCGAACAUCAGAGACAAGGUGUGCGUUUUGUUUUCGAUUGCCUUAUGGGCCUCAAAGCUUUUGAUGGCUUUGGAGGUAAAAGAGAGAGUAGCCCCGUGCACGUUUCAUUCUGCUGUUAAGCCGGAGCUGAAGUACUCCUCCAUCUCCUGUGCAACUGCUUCAGCUGCUAAGCGGGCCGUUGUUGUUUGUCCGGCGUCUCUUGUCAAUAACUGGGCAGCAGAGUUGCAGAAGUGGCUGCAGGGACGAUGUCCCUGUACUGCUGUAGCGGACAGCUGCAAAGAUAAAGUUGUUUCCAAAUUUGAGGGCUUUAAAUAUGAUCGACAGUCUCGCGUGCUCAUUGCGAGCUAUGAGACAUUCAGAGCCCACGCACAUCGUGUUGCGUCCGUCCCGAUUGAACUUGUUAUCUGUGACGAAGCUCAUCGCUUGAAAAAUGACAAGACAAAGACAUCUGUUGCUAUUAGCCAGCUCCCUGCCAAGCGGCGACUCCUUCUGAGUGGCACUCCCAUUCAGAAUGACCUUGACGAAUUUUUUGCCCUCGUGUCACUCUGCAAUCCUAAUGUCCUUGGAGACGCGUACACAUUUCGCAAACGAUACGCUUCGCCAAUUCUUGUGGGAAGAGAACCCGGAGCUACGGAAGCUGAACAGGAACUGGCUGCUGAGCGACUGACGGAGCUAUCUUCAAUCACAAAUCUCUUCAUUCUUCGACGCACCAAUGCCCUGCUCGCUAAAGUUUUACCCCCUAAAAUCAUUAUUAACUUGUUUUGUAAUCUGUCGCCUCUGCAAAUCGCUUUCUACCAAGAAUUUCUCAAAUCUAAAUGGUACGGCAGACCUACUGGCGGCAUUUCUGGACACAACGACGUGCACCCAGGAUUCGAGAAAUGUGCAAAGCUUUUUGAGGAACUCGACCUUGAAGGCACAAAGGCCCGCGUCCGUUCCAUCCGGCCUGAUAUGUCAGGGAAGAUGCUGCUACUUGCCAGGUUGCUUCAUGCAAUCCGUGUUAAUACAAGUGACAAGGUCGUGCUGAUCAGCAACUACACGCAAACUCUUGACUUAUUUGAACGGCUGUGCAAAGAUUCCGGUUAUCCUUGUGUCCGCCUCGACGGCACUACGUCCAUCAAGAAGCGCCAUGACCUCAUUACUAAGUUUAACGACCCCAAUUGCUCAGCAGCUACCAGCUUUGCCUUCCUCCUUAGCAGCAAGGCGGGAGGGUGUGGCGUGAAUCUAGUUGGCGCUAAUCGUCUCGUGCUCUUCGACCCAGAUUGGAAUCCUGCAAAUGACAAGCAGAGACAAAUUUGUAAGGACGGCCUGAGCGCUAUGCUUGUUAGCGAAGGGGUCAACCAAAUAAAAGACUCGCUUUCGACGGACAUAGUGAAGGAUCUGUUUCAGCUGCGCGAGACGCGCUCCGACACUCACGACAUGCUCCAAUGCCAGCGCUGCCGGCCGAGUAGAGAAACUGAGCCAUUAGGAAUGGUCGCACAGCUGGUGGAUGGAUUCGAGGAAGAUGAUCUUCUCACCUGGGCACACCACUCUGACUUAAAAACAGUUCCUGAUGAAAUGCUGCUUAAGGCGAUUGAAGCAGCGGAAGAGGAUGCCGCAGAUGCUCUCUCCAGUGACAAGUGUGAAGCGCCGACAGAGAUACCCAGCCAUUUCCAACCUGUUUCGUUCGCGAUGUCCUGCAAAGUUGAGUUUACUAAAGAAGCUGAAGAACUAGGCGUUCUAAGCGAGACGAAUUCGGCCGAAGCACCAGCGCCAAAAAAGAUGAAUCAUGGAGAAGCGUGCCUCUCUGAAAUGAGGAUAGUUUCAUCAGCACCUCCCACGUCGCCUCAUCAAGCCACUGCACUGGGGCAGUAUCCGUCUCUAGAGAAUGCUCUUGUCAAGCCUAUCGACCGCGGUAAACAUCCAGGUAUUUUGCAAAACGGGGAGAACGUCUGUGUCAAUACGUCUGCAACAACCACCUGUGCAGAAGCUCCUUCAAGAGAAUCCGUCCACGCAGUCGAUGACACUUCAGACGUUUCCUGCAGCAGCGAAGGCACCAUCACAAGUGAAGGGGAAUCGGAUAGUGAGGAUUUAGACGCAGUGACGGAAGACGAAAGUCCCAGCGACAGCGAUUCCGACUAG